UGGUCCCUGCGCCCCAGAAUCGAACCUGGGACUCAGGGACCAUGUUCUCGUAUUCUAGGGAAACUAGGUAUUCUAUCUCAUCUUAGGCUAAUCUAUACCUGUGUCACAAAGUGGCAAGGUGGAGCCUACUCUCUCCCUUUCUCUGGGAGGGCCCUUCGUGUGUUUGCUAUCUCCUGGCUACGACAAACCCCCUCUGCCAGAACCUUUGCCGUGACAUGUGCAGGACAUCCAUGUCAAGCCAUUUUUGUGGAGCACUUUCUUUUCAUCGCUAUCAAUGUCUGAAGAAGUUACUUAUGCAGAUCUAAAAUUCCAGAACUCCAGUGAGAUGGAAAAUAUUCAAGAGUUUGACCAAGUUGGUGUGAAAGCACCUCCUGCUCCUUCCCAUGUGUGGCGUCGAAGAGCCUUGGCUCUGAUUCUUCUGUGCCUUCUGCUGCUGAUUGGACUGGGAGUGUUAGGAAGCAUAUUUUACCUAACUUUGAAAAUAGAAAUGGAAAAAUUGGAAAAGCUACAAAAUUUCAAAGACAAACUUCAGAGUAAUGUUUCUCUACAACUAAUACAUAAUAUGGACAGUCUUGAGAAGAUCAGGAACCUCUCUAACACACUGCAAGAAAUGGCCACCAAAUUAUGUUAUGAGCUAUGUAGAAAAGAACCAGAGCACAAAUGUAAACCUUGUCCAGAGAAAUGGGAGUGGCAUGAGGACAGCUGCUAUCGAGAAUUUAAAGCGUCUGAGACAUGGCAACAGAGUGACUCCACAUGUUCUGCUCACAAUGCCAGCCUGGUGAAGAUUAAGAACAAAAGUGUAUCGGAAUUUAUAAAGUCCAAGGAGUUAUAUGGCUAUUGGUUAGGAUUAUCUCCCAGAAAAGAUAAAAAAACUCAGAACAUCUUGGAUGAAACAAUUAUCUCCUCUGACUGGUUUACAGGAAACACAAGUGACUUAAAUGGUGUAAUGUAUUGUGGAUAUAUACAGUAUACGUAUGUUUACUAUGGUCUCUGCACUUGGAGAAAAAAUGCUAUAUGUGAGAAGUUAGCUAAUCCAGUGAAGAUUGAGAGCAUACUAAUGAAUGAAGAACCAAGUGAAAGAAUGUAGUUAGUGUAAUUAACUACACUAACAACUUUAAGGUACAUAUAUCUUGUGGACCACACAAAUGAAAUAAAG